GGGAGGGCCGACUGCAGGCCUGUAGGAGACAUCUCGUGAAGAAGGAAUGGGUCGUGGUGUGUUGCAAGCAUAUGGCUGACGAGAUUGGAAGUGAUUGGCGACCAUUCAGUUUGUUUACCACAGUCGAUUGACAAUUGCGAUUUGGUAUUGCCAGAAGACCAGCCAGCAAACAAUUUCGGAAACGCAUCCAGUGGAAUUUGUUGUAUGUCUACCUAGCGGUUAAAAGGUGAAACAAUCAGUUGCCACCUACGUCGAUAGGUGGCACCACAAGGCAGUUCAUGACCCAACUUCAAGGCCAUGUGCCUUAUCUGGCGCUCGCCGGCCGGCGUCUCUCGAUCAGCCGCGUCCUCCGGAACAGGUGGCUGCGGAAAUUACUUUCUAAAUUCCUAGUCCUUUUAGUAAUUGUUAAGUUCUGCGUGGUUAUUUUUACACUUCGAUACAAAUAGCUUUUGAAUUACCAACUGCAAUAAUGACAGAAUAUCACAAGCCUGAACUGAAGGUCCUUCAGGAGCUGAAGGAUAUCGCCCACAAGCUGAGGAUCCACAGCAUUGAGUCGACAUCUGCGAGCAACUCAGGAUUGGAUCCUGACCAACACAUCCACCCGACGUCAUGCGCGUCCAUGGCGGAGAUCAUGUCGGUGCUGUUCUUCCACACGAUGCGCUACAAGGUGUCGGAGCCGCGCAGUCCCCACUCGGACCGGUUCAUCCUCUCCAAGGGGCACGCAGCGCCCAUCCUCUACGCCGCGUGGUCGGAGGCGGGCCUGAUCCCGGCUGAGGAGCUGCUCAAGCUGCGGAAGAUCGACAACGACCUGGAGGGCCACCCGACGCCGCGUCUCAACUUUGUCGACGUGGCCACCGGCAGCCUGGGCCAGGGUCUGGGCGUGGCCUGCGGCAUGGCCUACGUCGGCAAACACUUCGACAAGGCCUCCUACCGCACCUACUGCUUGAUCGGUGAUGGCGAGAGCGCCGAGGGCUCCAUCUGGGAGGCCAUGAACUUCGCCGGCCACUACAAGCUGGACAACCUGGUGGCCAUCUUUGACGUCAACCGGCUGGGCCAGAGUGAAGAGGCGCCGCUGCAGCACGAUAUGGAGACGUACCGCAAGCGGGCGGCCGCCUUCGGCUUCAACGCCAUCGUCGUCGACGGGCACGACGUCGAGGAGCUGUGCAAGGCCUUCCACGAGGCCUCCAUCACCACUGGCAAGCCGACGGCUCUGCUCUGCAAGACGUUCAAGGGCAAGCACUUCGUGCCGGAGGUGGAGGACCACCUGAACUGGCACGGCAAGCCGCUGGGCGCCGUCGCCGAGAAGACGCUGGCCCAGCUGAAGGCGUUCAUCUCCAACCAGGGCAAGACGAUGCUGGUGCCGCAGAAACCGCUCAAGGAGGACGCGCCCGACGUCGACAUAGUUAACGUGAAGCUGAACGAGCCGCCCAGCUACAAACUCGGCGAGAAGGUGGCGACUCGCGCUGCGUACGGCACCGCUCUGAUGAAGCUGUGCCAGAACAACCCUCGUGUCAUCGGCCUCGACGGCGACACCAAGAACUCCACCUACUCGGAGAAAAUCAAGAAGGCGCAUCCGGAGAACUACAUUGAGUGCUUCAUCGCCGAGCAGAACCUCGUGAGCGUGGCCAUCGGCGCUGGCUGCCGUAACCGCACCAUUCCGUUCGUCUCGACGUUCGCGGCGUUCUUCACCCGCGCGUUCGACCAGCUGCGUAUGGGUGCCAUCUCUCAGACCAACAUCACCUGCGCCGGCAGCCACUGUGGCGUCAGCAUCGGCGAGGACGGUCCGAGCCAGAUGGCGCUCGAGGACCUGGCCAUGUUCCGCGCCAUUCCCGGCUCCACCGUAUUCUACCCGAGCGACGCCGUGAGCUGUGAGCGCGCCUGCGAGCUGGCCGCCACUUGUCCGGGCAUCUGUUUCAUCCGCACCUCUCGGCCGGCCACCCCGGUCAUCUACGAAAACGGCGAGAGCAUGCAGAUCGGCCAGGCCAAGGUGGUCAAACAGUCCGGCAACGACCAGGUGCUGGUGAUCGGUGCCGGCAUCACGCUGCACAAUGCACUGACGGCCGCCGAGCACCUGGCCGGUAUCGGUGUGCACGUGCGCGUGCUGGACCCGUUCACUGUGAAGCCGCUCGACGUGGCCACUAUCCGUGAUAACGCCAAACAGUGCGGCGGACGUGUGCUCACCGUGGAGGAUCACUACCCGGCUGGUGGUCUGGGCGAGGCAGUCUGUUCCGCGCUCUCCCAGGAGCGCAACAUCAUCGUCAAGAAGCUGAACGUGGAGAAGGUGCCGCGCUCCGGACCCCCGGAUGCCCUCAUGGACAUGUUCGGCAUCUCCUCCUCCUGCAUCGUCAAGGGCGUACAGGACCUAGUGAAGCUGUAAGCUGAGCCCACCCGUGCUCGACGGGCGAGACACUGCCGCUCCGCCUGGUGGAGGCCUGUCUAUUAGUAGUUCGGCGUCGGCACGCCAGGCGGCGCUGCUGCGGCGGCGGCCGCCGGCUCGACUCGCAUUCCGACGGCUUUGUUCCACGCGCAAACUUCCCAACAUUCCUGUUAGUCCUCGUGUGAUACGCUGCAUUUCCCGCUCGGAGAUUGUUAUGUUUCGUAGGUUUUAUUUCUGAAUGCUUUUUCGGGACAGGAGCUUGUAUCAUGAAGAAAUGAGAUGUAUGUGCCGCUCUCAGCGGCUCGUUAAAUGUUGGCAGAUGUAUUUUGGCCUCCGUCAAUACACCACUUGACACUAUAA